ACUCAGGAGGAACUUGCUGUAGAAGUUCUCCCGGAACCUCCGUGUUCACUCUGGCAGAAAGUCCACUCUUCACUCGUAACCUGAAGCUACUGGAUCACACCAGAAGCCUGGUCAGAUUUGUCCAGAGCCCAACCUCUGCACUCCUUUCUCCCUCCAAGCCACAGACAGAUAGGGCCUUCAGGAACAAUAUGUUGGAAAUGCUCUUGCUCUCUGAGGACCCUCCAUUGGCUGUAACCUUCUCCCCUCUGGCCUGGAACUGAAACCAAGAAAUCAGCCCUCCUGUGGAAUUAACAUUAAAAUGGACUCUACUUCUCAUGAAUUGCCAAUGAGGACUCUGGAACGCAUUGCCUCUGAGCUUGGAUGCAAUCUGACUGAUGAGAAGCUUGCCUUGUACCUGGAUGAACAGGAUGAGCUAAAGCACUUCCAAGAAUAUUUCCAUAUUCCAAAAAUGAAGGAUCUACCUUUAAUUGAUCUGUCUUUAGUAAAUAAAGAUGAAAAAUCCAUCUACUUAUUGGGAAAUUCUCUUGGCCUUCAACCAAGAAAGGUUAAAACAUAUCUGGAAGAAGAAAUGGAAAAAUGGGCCAAAAUAGGAAGUUAUGGUCAUGAAGUAGGAAAACGUCCUUGGAUUACAGGAGAUGAGUGCAUUGUGCACCUUAUGAAUAACAUUGUAGGAGCUCAUAAGGAUGAAAUAGCCCUAAUGAAUGGUUUGACAGUUAAUUUGCAUCUCCUACUGUUAUCGUUUUUUAAGCCUACACCAACACGAUUUAAAAUUCUUCUAGAAGCCAAAGCUUUUCCCUCUGACCAUCCAUCCAUAUUUUCCCCCCAGUAUGCAAUUGAGUCACAACUGCAGCUUCGUGGGCUAGAUGUUGAGAAAAGCAUGCUGAUGAUAAAACCAAGACAGGGAGAGGACACCUUGAGAAUGGAAGAUAUUCUUGAAGUAAUUGAGAAGGAAGGAGACUCUGUUGCUGUGAUCUUGUUCAGUGGAGUGCAGUUCUACACUGGUCAACUGUUUGACAUACCUGCAAUCACAAAAGCUGGACAAGCAAAGGGUUGUUUUGUUGGCUUCGAUCUGGCCCAUGCAGUUGGUAAUGUUGAGCUUCAUCUACAUGACUGGGGAGUAGAUUUUGCCUGCUGGUGUUCCUACAAGUAUUUAAAUUCAGGAGCAGGAGCCCUUGCUGGUGCCUUCAUUCAUGAAAAGCAUGCACAUACGAUGAAACCUGCGUUAACAGGCUGGUUUGGUCACAAACUUGAGAGUAGAUUUGACAUGGAUAACAAACUGGACUUAAUCCCAGGUGUCAAUGGAUAUCGACUAUCAAAUACCCCUAUUUUGUUGGUUUGUGCCUUAGAAGCUAGUUUAGAGAUCUUUAGUCAAACAAGUAUGGAAACAUUAAGGAAAAAAUCUAUUUUGCUUACUGGUUAUAUGGAGUACCUGCUCAAGCAUUACUACAGUAAAGAUAAAACAGCUCCAAAUAAGCCAUUUGUCAAAAUAAUGACUCCCUCACAUAUAGAGCAUCGAGGAUGCCAGCUAACACUCACCUUUUCCAUUCCAAUAAAAAGUGUUUUUCAAGAACUAGAAAAGAGAGGCGUGAUCUGUGACACGCGGGAACCAAGUGGCAUUCGAGUGGCUCCAGUUCCUCUCUACAAUUCUUUCCAUGAUGUUUACAGAUUUAUUAAUAUUCUUGCCUCUGCAAUUUCUGCUGCAAAUCAAAAAUGAACAAAUCUAUUUUUAGCUCAACAAAGCUAAUUAUAUUAGUGUCUCCAUUGUCACUUCCUGGCUACUUCUGAUUCUAGCAAUGUAGUCCUUUAGAAGUGAUGGUGUUAUAUAAAGCCAAUUAUAUGGAAAAGAAAAAAAAUGUGUUGGGAUUUUUGUAACAGCCCUUUGUCCUUCUUCUUAGGAGAGUUAGUGUGUUUGCUCAUUUUAUUGGGCCAGGGAGAGGUUAUCUAUUAUCAUUUUGUUUAAAAUAGAGGUUUGCACUAUCUGUAAGUCAGAUGUUGCCAUUUUGUAUUCAGUAAAAUAUUGUGAGUUGAUUUCAA